UUGUAUGUUUAAACAUAUCCGCGUGGACCACAAGGGAGAUUUCUCAUUUUGUAACAGCUGGAGUGUAAAAUUAAAGUUCAGAACGUCAUGACAACGGGCGUCAUAGCAACUCAUAAAAUAACAUCACAGUUUGCGCUUGUCCGUAUCGUCCACUGUCAAGAUUUAUUUUUACAGCUUCUGCCCGGCAUAACACGAAAUUUCCAAUGAUGGCCUCAAAAUCAGCUGUUCUUCCUUCAGAAGACGUAAUAAUGUCAGACACACGUGCACCCAACAUCCCAAACAAAACCAAAACCGACUUCAUAAGGAUUGUAAGCCCCUCCAGAAAGACUCUGGCAUCUCUGGAUGCACAGCUCAUUAUUGGGGUACUAGACGAUUGUAUUCAGCAAAUGGGGAUAGUCUGUGUUCUGCCCACUAUACUCAGCUGUCCAGAAACACUUUCAGUGAGCUUGGGAGAUGAGGUGGUUAAGGCCCUGAAAGAGCACCAUACACUUGAAGAAAGGUACCAAGCUAUGAUGCUUGAUAAGAAUGUUGAUGGAAGUGAACUGGAGGAACAACAAGCCAAGUCAAUAAAGGCAGUUCAGGAUUCCCUCCGGAACAUUUUGCGACUGCUUAGGCGGUCUCUGAAAACUGGGAAGAUGCUUGAAGAGGUAGGGCCUAUAAAAGGGGAAGAGAUGGGGUCUCGAAAGCUGAGGGAUGGUCUGUGUGAGUUAAAAGAGGUUGUGCUCGAAAGGCUGCUCACGACUUCGGCUGAGGAGCAGAAACGCAGCAAGAAAAUGGAGGAAGUCAGACAACGGCAUAAUAAGAACCAGGAGCAGGUGGACUCAUUGGAAAGAGAUGUUGCCUUGGCAAUAAAAGAUAGGGACACAGAGAUCUCUACAUUGACCAGCCAAAUGCAAGAGCUAAAAAACUCAUUGCAUCAAAUGGAACAGGGCUUGGAGGAGUUUGUGGUCCGAACUCAACAGGAAGCUGAGAAGCAGAGCCAGUCAGAUAGGAACACUUCAGAGGGGAAGAGGGCUCACAUGCAGCAGGAGGCCGAUCACAUGAGAGCUCAGCUAAAUAUUGAUAUCGCAAACCACAGAGAGAAAGAACUGGUAAUGAGAAAGAAAAAACACAAGAUGGAAACAGAGAUUGAGAACUUGAUCCAAAAAUAUGAUGCUGAAAUGGGAGAGAAACAGAUAGAGGUGGAGAAAAUUUCUCGCAUAUAUGAGGAGGAGAAGGCAGAGCUAAGAGAGUUGGAGGAACAUUGUGCCGAUCUGGACCUGGAGUAUUCCCAGAUAAUGGAGGAGCGACAGGAGGCUCAGGAGCAAAGGGAACAGCAGGAGAGAGAAAGAGAGUUGCACAGCCGAGCCGCCAUUGUCAUCCAGGCCCACUGGAGAGGUUUUUGUGUACGCAAGGCCAUGAAGGCCAAAGAAAAGCCCAAGAAAGCAAAGAAAGGAAAAGGGAAAAAGGGAAAUACAAAGAAGAACAGAUGAAAGAAUGAAUAAACAAGACUAUGAGCAUUAUUAUUCUCAUUUUAUCUAAUUGUUGUGUGAGAAUCAUGAUGCAUUCAGAAGAAAUGCUUUAUUUUAAAGGGACCAUAGGGAUCAUAGUGACCCUACAGCUGGUUUUCUUCUUUUGUUUAGGUUACAAACAUUUUCUAUUUCCAAAACUUGGAAAAUGCUGCCUAUAGACUACAGUAAACCGGGAUGGGAAGACAUUAAUCUGAAUUCAGUGUUCAAGUAAUAUCUCAUCUACCAAGAUGCUUUAAUGUCAUUGAUUUUUGAAGUACUCAUAGGGGACUCCCACCAUUCUUGCCUCAAAAUAAAAUUGGCAUUUGAUGGAACACUAAAAAGCAAA